UAUUAUUUGGCUUUGCCCACAACCCAAAUCUCAUAUGUACCGUUUUGGUUUGAGAACAAGCUAUUUUUAUUUAAUUUGUGAUUUUACCCUAUAGAAUCAAAUAAACACAAUGAGCAACAACCUGAAGCUCGGGGUGGAAGUGGUGAGCGCCCAUGACCUGCUUCCCCGCGACGGCGACGGCACCGUCACGACGUUCGUCGAGCUCAGCUUCGACGGGCAGCGCCACCGCACCGCGGUCAGGGACCAUGACCUCAACCCCUACUUCAACGAGCGCUUCUUCUUCGCCGUCUCCGACCCAUCCUCCCUCCCCUCCCUCGUCCUCGACGCCACCGUCUUCCACCUCCACCGCCCCUCCCUCUCCCGAUCCUUCCUCGGCCGCGUCCGCAUCCCCGCCUCUUCCGUCCCCGCGUCCCCCUCCGAUUCCCCCGUCCUCUACUACCCUCUCGAGAAGCGCGGCGGCGGCAGAGGCGGCGGGGUCUUCUCCCGCAUUCGCGGCGAGCUGGGGCUCAGAGUGUUCCUCACCGACGACCCGUCGGUUCAGCCCUCCGGCCAGAACCUUCGGCAGGAUCAGUUCGCCGACAUCCCACCGGAGCCGGACAUGUCGACCUUCUUCCGCCUCUUCCGAUCACAGCAGCGCCAGCAGCAGCGGUCGGAUCAGGCACCGCCGUCGAGGGUUAUGCGGAUGUUCUCGUCACUGUCGUCGCGGCAGCCGGCCGAAUUCCAGAUCAAGGAGACGAGCCCGGCGUUGGGCGGCGGCCGCAUCGUGCGCGGCCGCGUUGUCGUCCCGGGGGACAAGCCGGGCGCCUUUGACCUAGUGGAGAAGAUGGAGUUCCUCUUCGUGCGCGUGGUGAAGGCACGGGACCUCCCGGCGAAGGAUGUGACCGGCAGCCUCGACCCCUACGUCGAGGUGAUCAUCGGCAACUACCGGGGGACGACGUGGCACUUCGAGAAGAACCAGAACCCGGAGUGGAAUGAAGUGUUCGCGUUCCCACGCGACCGCCUGCAGGCGUCGGCCGUGGCGGUGGAGGUCAGGGACCGGGACCUCGUCCGCGACGACUAUGUUGGCGCGGUGCAGUUCGAACUCAACGACGUGCCGCUGCGGGCCCCGCCGGACGGCCCCCUGGCGCCGGAGUGGCACCGGCUGGAGGACAAGAGGGGGGGGCGGGACGUCGGCGAGCUGAUGUUGGCUGUGUGGUUCGGGACGCAGGCCGACGAGUGCUUUCCCAGCGCUUUGCACGCCGACACGGCGGCAAUCGACCCUGCGACCGCCAACACGCACGCCCGCGGCAAGGUCUACCAGGCGCCGACGAUGUGGUACCUCCGGGUGAACGUCAUGGACGCGCAUGACGUGUACAUGCCGCAGGGGGACCGGUCCCCGGAGGUGUUCGUCCGCGGCCGUGUCGGGAACCAGAUGCUCAGGACGAAGAUGGGCCGGCCCGGCGCUGCUGGGAUCUUCAAGUGGAACGAGGUACAUUUCUUUGUCGUGGCCGAGCCGUUCGACGACGAGCUGACCGUGUCGGUAGAGGACCAGGCCGGGCCGGACCAGGACCGGGUGAUCGGCUACGUGAACAUCCCGAUUGCCACCGUCGACAAGCGGCCCGACGACCGCCGCACCUGGCCGAAAUGGCUCGACCUCCGGAAGCCAACGCUGAUCGACGUCGACCGCCUCCGCGAGGACAAGUUCGCCACCAAGCUCCAGCUCCAGAUCAGCCUCGACGGCGGCUACCACGUCGUUGACGAGCUCAUCCACUACAGCAGCGACUUCCGGCCCUCGUCGAAGCACCUGUGGAAUGCAAAGAAGCCGAUCGGCAUGCUCGAGCUCGGCAUACUCAGCGCCGUGGGGCUGCAGCCGAUGAAAACUGCCCGCGACGGGCGGCCGACGUGCGACGCCUUUUGCGUCGCCAAGUACGGCCGGAAAUGGGUCCGGACGCGCACUGUCGUCGACUCGCUGAGCCCCAAAUUCAACGAGCAGUACGCGUGGGACGUCUACGACCACGCGACGGUGAUCACCGUCGCCGUAUUCGACAAUAGUCAAGUACUUACAGGGAGCAGUACUAGAGACACGGCGAUCGGGAAGGUCCGGAUACGGCUGUCGACCAUCGAGACGGGCCGUGUCUACGCGCACGCGUAUCCGCUGCUGGUGCUGCACCCGUCGUCCGGGGUGAAGAAGAUGGGGGAGCUGCACCUUGUGGUGCGGUUCACUGCGACAUCUUUCGCAAGCAUGUUGCACGCGUAUGUGCGUCCGGUCCUGCCAAAGAUGCACUACACGCACCCGAUCACGCAGCUGCAGCAGGAGAACCUGCGGCUGCAGGCGGUGCAGAUACUGGCGACGCGGUUGGGGCUGGCGGAGCCGCCGCUGCGGAGGGAGGUGGUGGAGUACAUGUCGGAGGCGCAGGCGCACAUGUGGAGCAUGCGGCGGAGCAAGGCGCACUUCUACCGCCUCACGGAGGUGUUCGGUGGGGCCGUCGCGGCUGCCAAGUGGCUCAGGGACAUCUGCCGGUGGGCGAAUCCGGUCACGACGGUUCUCGUCCACCUUCUGCUCGUGAUUCUCGUGUGCUUCCCGCAUCUCAUCCUCCCGACGGUCCUACUCCACUUGUUGGCCGUCGGAUUGUGGAACUUCUGGUACCGUGCGCGGUACCCGCCGCACAUGAACACGAAGAUUUCUCACGUGCAUGGGGUGAGCCCGGACGAUCUUGACGAGGAGUUCGAUCUCUUCCCCACGACCCAGAGGCCAGAAGUGGUUCGGAGUCGAUACGAUCGACUCCGAUUCAUAGCGGGGAUGAUGCAGAAGACGCUCGGUGAGUUUGCGACACAAGGGGAAAGGGUGCAGUCCCUCCUCAGCUGGCGGGAUCCGCGAGCCACCGCAAUUUUUCUCGUGUUCUGUCUCGUCACGGCGUUCGUGUUUCUAGUUGUUCCGUUCAAAGUGUUGGUGAUUUGGCUAGGGUUUUACUGGAUGAGGCACCCACGGCUGCGGCAUAAGAUGCCGUCCGUGCCGACGAACUUCUUCCGGCGGUUGCCGGCAAGGACUGAUAGCUUGCUGUAGGAGAUAGACUGAAGCAACUAAAAUUGUAUGAGAAUUAAAUCUCUUCACGAGGAGACUGUCUAAUAGGUUGUCGACCGUUGCUAUAAUAUUUAAAUAUUAGAUGUGAUGGAUGAUUGAUUAAA